AUGCCCGGUCCUUUGAGAGGCUUGCAUGGGGACAUGGGUCCACCAUGUAGAGGCCCUUUGAGACUUUUAACUAUGGUGAUAGCAAAAAAUAAUGGGUCAGGUUUUGUUGAAGAAGAAAAGAGGGGCAAACAUGGGAAACAAAAUAAGUUGAGUCCAGAUGUUAUACAGGGCAUAAAACAACAUAUUGACUCAAUUCCUAGAAUAGAAUCCCACUAUCUAAGACAACAAACGACUCGCGAGUUUAUUAAUGGGGGUAAAAAUCUUACAGAUAUUUUUCCAGAUUACCAAACAGGAUGCCUAAAUAGUGGAGUUGUACCUGCUAAGAUUCAUACAUACAGAAGAGUGUUUAAUGAGGAUUUUUAG